AGGGAGCCAACUUUAUUUCGACGCCCCUGCCAAGAUCUGUUGCCCCUCUAAAACACCCCGCCAUCCGGCACAGUACAGAACCUCCCACUCCCACUAACUGCGGUAAACCAACACUUUUCACUCCUUCCAGGUUGCUUCUCUUCCAGAGCCAACCUAGGUAGUUAGUCGGCUCAGUCAAUUGGAUCCUUCCCAAAGGCGCCCUCUUCACCCAACACACACGGGCACUCCCCCAUCCGCCCACCAUGACCCAACCCGACCCCCCCACAACCACCCACAAGCCCAUCCCCAUCACCAUCGUCACGGGCUUCCUCGGCGCCGGCAAGACCACCCUGAUCCUCAACCUGCUCCCGCAACUGCGCGCCCUCAACCCGACCUACAAGCUCGCCCUGCUCAAAAACGAGUUCGGCGACCUCGCCAUCGACUCCCAGCUCGCAUCCUCCUCCGCCAUCGCCGGCGUGACCGAGCUGCUCAACGGCUGCAUCUGCUGCAACCUGGUCGGCCAGCUGGGGCCCGCCCUCGCCGAGCUGCGCGCCGCCGCCACCCCGGACCGCGUCGUCGUCGAGACGAGCGGGAGUGCAUUUCCCGCGACGCUGGCGCUGGAGGUGAAUCGGUUGGCGAGGGAGACGGGUGGGGAGUAUGUCCUGGAUGGGGUGGUGAGUGUGAUUGAUGUGGAGAAUUGGGCGGGCUAUGAGGACACGAGCUAUACGGCGAGGCUGCAGGCGCGGUAUACGGAUUUGGUGGUGUUUAAUAAGUGGGAGGGGUGUGGGGAGAGGCGGUUUGAUGAGGUGCUAGACCGGUUGGGGGAUUUGGAGGUUGAUGUGGCGUGGGUGAAGAGCGAUAAGGGGUGGGUGGACGCGGGGGUUGUGUUUGGGGUUGACGGGGGGCUGGCGAAGGGGUUGGAGGAUGAGGGGGAUCUUGCCGUCCAGGAUGGGUGUGAGCAUGGGGAUGGGUGCGGGCAUGAUCAUGGGGAGGAUCAUCACCAGUCUGAGGUCGAGGUGUUGUCGGUGGAGCUUAAGGGUGGGGAAGGAGCGGCGGCUGAUGCGGGUAAGCUGAUGAGCUUUCUCAAGAGCACACCGAAGGACGAGGUUUACCGGAUCAAGGCCGUGUUGACAGUUGCUGGGGCGGUCAAGAACUCGGACGAGGAUGUGUUGGUGCCGGCAUCGCCACAUUCCACGAGCAGGUACAUCCUGAACUGGGCCUUUGGGAGAUGGACUUUUACGCCCGUGGCGGAGGACGUCACGGAGCAUGCGUCGAGUAACGAGGCCAUCUUGAGGAUGACGGUAAUUUUGGCGAGAUAUGAGAGCACCAAGUGGAAGAAGAAGUUAGACGCUGGGGGAUUGUUAGAAUUAGAUGGCACAGACAAGGGGGUGUUGACGGUGACGAAAGUCAACUAGACUAGACUAGAAGAAGCAUUGCAGGCAGUGUUUAGAGUUGGGCCUCGUACUAAGCAAGGUACCUUUUAUAUUUUCUAUAAUGAUGUUUGUUAUUUAGCUGCGAGUAUGUGUCCUUCUAGUUAUCCUUGGUUAUGGUAUUUAUACAAAUGAGUGCCUCACACCACUAUUCACCCAACACAAAGCGUCACUGCCC